AAGGGCACGCACAGUAGCAUACUCGAAGCACCAGCGCAGUAGCAAGCCAUGGCCAACGCAAUGUUGCUCCCCGUGCUCAUCUCCUUCCUCGUCUUGCCCUUCUCCGCCCUGGCCCUGACCCAGGACUUCUGCGUCGCCGACCUGUCCUGCAGCGACACGCCGGCGGGGUACCCGUGCAAGGCCGGCGUCGGCGCGGGGGACUUCUACUACCACGGCCUCGCCGCCGCGGGCAACACCAGCAACCUCAUCAAGGCGGCCGUGACCCCGGCCUUCGUCGGCCAGUUCCCCGGCGUCAACGGGCUCGGCAUCUCCGCGGCGAGGCUCGACAUCGCCAUGGGCGGCGUCGUGCCGCUGCACACCCACCCGGCCGCCUCUGAGCUCCUCUUCGUCACCGAGGGCACCAUCCUGGCGGGCUUCAUCAGCUCCUCCUCCAACACCGUGUACACCAAGACGCUCUACAAGGGCGACAUCAUGGUGUUCCCCCAGGGCCUGCUCCACUACCAGUACAACGGCGGCAGCUCGCCGGCGGUGGCGCUCGUUGCGUUCAGCGGCCCCAACCCCGGCCUGCAGAUCACCGACUACGCGCUCUUCGCCAACAACCUGCCGUCCGCCGUCGUUGAGAAGGUCACCUUCUUGGACGACGCGCAGGUGAAGAAGCUCAAGUCCGUGCUCGGCGGCAGCGGCUAAUUGUGCAGUUCUCAGGUCUCAACAAAGGUCGUCGUGGUGUCAGCGUGUCGGUUUAAUUUGAUGCAUGUGUGCGUGCGCUUGUGAGGUCAACUCCGAGUCUGUUCCAAGUUGUGUUUAAUUUUUCAUGUCAAUUUCAUUUGAUAAUUGUCAAUGCACAUUUUUUUCAGAAAGAAGGUUGUACCCUCGGACUCUAUCUCGAUUGAUGUACACAACCCUUUUAUUGCAAAGUUUUUCCGAAA